AUGGCGUGGAUGUGCACAACAUCCUCUGUUGUGGCAUUUUGCACAGCAGAGGAUCCCAACCCGAACGAACGAGCAAACCUUAUGCAACAGUAUGAGUCUCCACCACCACCACCACCACCUUACACGUACAAGUCAUCUCCUCCGCCGCCAUACAAAUAUAAAUCACCACCGCCACCACCUUAUAAGUAUAAAUCACCUCCACCACCACCCUACAAAUAUAAGUCACCACCACCUCCUCCCUAUGUGUACAAGUCUCCCUCGCCACCACCUUACAAGCACGAAUCACCUCCACCACCACUCUACAAGUACAAAUCACCACCACCGCCAUCUUACAAGUAUGAAUCACCCCCACCUCCGCCAUACAAAUAUGAGUCUCCACCACCACCACCUUACAAGUACAAGUCACCUCCACCACCGCCAUACAAAUAUGAAUCUCCACCACCGCCACCUUACAAGUAUGAAUCACCUCCACCACCACCUUACAAAUAUAAGUCACCAUCACCUCCUUAUGUGUACAAAUCUCCCCCACCACCGCCUUACAAGUACGAAUCACCUCCACCGCCUCCCUACAAAUACAAGUCACCACCACCACCUCCUUACAAGUACGAAUCACCUCCACCACCACCCUACAAAUACAAAUCACCACCACCACCUCCUUACAAGUACGAGUCACCUCCACCACCGCCAUACAAAUACGAAUCUCCAACACCACCUCCAUAUGUUUACAAGUCUCCACCACCACCUGCCUACAAGUAUGAAUCACCUCCACCUCCACCAUACAAGUACGAGUCCCCACCACCACCACCACCACCACCACCACCAUACAAGUACGAGUCACCUCCACUACCACCAUACAAAUACGAAUCUCCACCACCACCUCCAUAUGUUUACAAGUCUCCACCACCACCGCCCUACAAAUAUGAAUCGCCUCCACCUCCACCCUAUAAGUACGAGUCACCUCCACCACCACCAUAUAAGUACGAGUCACCUCCACCACCUCCAUAUGUUUACAAGUCUCCACCACCACCACCUUAUAAGCAUGAAUCACCACCACCACCACCAUACAAGUAUGAGUCACCGCCGCCUCCACCUUAUGUAUACAAGUCUCCCCCACCACCACCUUACAAGUAUGAGUCACCACCACCUCCUGCAUAUCUAUACAAAUCUCCACCACCACCCCCUUACAAAUAUGAAUCGCCUCCACCUCCACCAUACAAAUAUGAGUCGCCACCGCCUCCUCCUUAUCUUUACAAGUCGCCUCCACCACCACCCUACAAAUACGAAUCACCACCACCUCCUCCUUAUGUUUACAAAUCUCCACCACCACCACCGUACAAAUACGAAUCACCUCCACCUCCACCUCCACCAUACAAAUAUGAGUCUCCACCACCUCCCCCUUACAAGUACGAAUCUCCACCACCUCCCCCAUACAAGUACGAAUCACCUCCACCACCACCCUACAUGUACAAAUCACCACCACCUCCUCCAUAUGUUUACAAAUCCCCACCACCACCGCCCUACCUUUACAAAUCACCUCCACCCCCAUCUUACCUUUACAAAUCUCCACCACCUCCACCAUACAAGUACUAA